UAAAAAAAUCCAGAUUUAUUUUUGGUGCACAAACCAAGGUAGCAUUAAGGUUUUUCCUCUGGAAUGACAUCACAUCUUUGCCAUGACGAUGGAAAUUUGAUCAGCAUAAAAGCUCAAAAGGCACCUAAAUGCCCUUUGAAAUAGCAAAUUGAAAUUGAAAUUAGUUUGAGAAACAAAGUUGUACUUUCAUCAGCUGUAUUAAAAGAACUGCAUUGUAAAGGCUCUUCAGUAAUAGAGGACCGCGAUUUGAGCUUAAGACUGGAGGCCGGGAGGGCCGGGCCAUAUACGCACGUAUAACUAUAGAAGAGUUGCAUAUAGGUCUUAGUUGUAGUUCUUUCCCCCCAAUACAGUACAAACAAGUUCAUUUAUAUUGAAGUUCCCUCGACCCUCCCCUCGCUUUUCAUUAUUCUCACGUGAUUUUGUUUCGAGAAGUAACACAUAGUACGUGUUCAUUGCACGUGCCCUCCUCAGACAAGUACGUACAUGUAAUAUGGAGGACCAAAAGUGGCCAUCUGCUUUUCUGCUAUCAGAAUAUAAGAAAAGCUGAUUUUAUGUUUUGUAACAUGCGAUAUUUGACUUGUGUACUUUCUGCUACCUCAAAAGCAGAAUGAACAUUUUAUUGUAACGUAUUUUCCACUUUCCUGCUAUUACAAAAGCAGCUUCACGUGUCCUCGUUUUGCUGGCGGCCAAAAAUUGGCCAUCUGCUUUUUACCUGUCAAAAAGCAGGAAUUCAAAGUGAAUUGAACGUUUUGACAACAACCGAGAAUUCAACUUUUCUGCUUUUGUGAUACCGGAGAAGCAGAUUUUACACAGAUGGCCGAAAAGUGGUCAUCUGCUUUUCCGUCCUCAAUGGGCAGUGAAUGGGGUCAUGAACCUGUAGGUUACCACCAUUUCCGUUCUGGGGGUGAAGACGUAUAGAAAGCAAUACUUAACAAUGCUUUCUGCGGACCAAUCCCAUACGGUAGUAUUAGUGUCCCUGCGAGGCCAAGAAAACAGCAUCUCAAAGGAAAUAUAGCUUUACAGCUCCAAUAGACACACAAGCUUGCUCGGACAAUAGAUACAAUAGAUAGGGCGGACUCUAAUUAUUGCUUUUUACGUCUUCAAUCCCCUAGAAAGGAAAUGGUCGUAACCUAAGGUUCACGACCCCGUUCACGGCCCUUGGAAGGCAGAAAAGCAAAUGGCAAUUUUUCGGCCACCUAUGUAAAAUUUGCUUCUCCAGUAUUAAUAAAUGGGAAAGUAGAAUUCAAGGUUGUUGCCAAAAUGCCCAAUCCUCCUUUCUUCAUGUUCGAAAGGAGAAAAGCAGAUGGCCACUUUUCGGUCGCCAGCGAACGAAGAAAAAGUAACACCUGCUUUUCGUGAAGCAGAAAAGCAGAAAAUAGAAAAAUGCAUUACCAAACAAUGUUCGUUCUGCUUUUGAGGUGGCAGAGAAGUAGAAAAGUCGAAAAUUGCAUGUUACAAAAACAUUAAAUCUGCUCUUCAACUAUUCUGAUAGCAGGAAAGCAGAUGGCCACUUUUUGUCCUCCAUAAUGUAGCCCUAUCCAAAAACUCGUAACGUGAAUGAAGUGACACCUGUUCUCCCCCAGACAAUAACAAAUUAAUCGACCACGCACAAUGACUACCUUCAAGUCCUGGUCCAGAGCCAACUUCCCGCACGCUACUUUAGAAAAACAUAUACGCGCGGAAAUUUCCUUUCUUUCUUCUCUACGCUUAGCGAUAUUAAAUCAACAAUUGCUGUCUCGGCACACCAUACCCCUUCAGCAGUCUGUUCUGAGAUCUCUACACAUUGAAACCAUAAUUCCGUACAAAUUUUCCGGGUCACGGGGUCUCACAAUGUGACUACCAAAUUGGAAAUAUGUCUCUGACACAAUGUCACCAUCAACCGCGGGUGCUGACGUCACAAACUUCACAGCCACUGGGAAAAAGUUUACAUAGUGCCCUUGCAUACUGGCUAGCAUGGCGCAUUGUACGAACACAAACAGGCAGUUGCAGAGGGGAAAAACAGCCGUGGCCUUGAUUUGAAGUUUCGCCAUUUGUCUGGUAUCUGAUCAAAUGAAUACGUACUGUACCUUUUUAUUAUUGUUACGCCAUACAAAAACUCUUAGAGAAUCCACAACCAGGAAAUGAAACGAAGAUACGUGCAUGUCCAGACGGAAGCGCACAGCAAUAAGGCCAACACAUGAAUGUGAACUCACCCACCUUGUCAGUUUUCAGUUUUGCUACACUGAGCUUGCAUUCGCUUGUAUAAAAAAAGUUGUGUCGGGAAAGUUAUCCGAACAGUUUGAACGUACACAUUUACAGAAAGAGCUCAGUUCAGUUUGUAGGCCUACUCCAGAUCGCUUUGGCGGCCGUACACGUGCGAGGGAAAUCGUAUCCACAGAAUAUGGAUGACAUAUAUUAUGAUGAAGUUUUGAUGAGCGAGGAAAUGAUGUACAAUUCAACCGACAGUACUCCGCAGCAGUUUGAAUUCAGCGAUUACAAGCAGCGAGUCAUAGUCGCUAUCCUGUACCUAAUCAUGGCCUUGCUUGGAAUCUUCGGAAACACUCUGGUCAUCAUAGCCGUGCUUCUGUCGAAGAAGCUGCGCACAGCCACCAACGCGUUCGUGGUGAGCCUGAGCGUAGCAGACCUGCUAACGUGCCUCGUGUUACCCUGGAAUGCGGCCGCUGCGCUCGGCAGAGACGGUCCACCGUUCGGUGAGUGGGUCUGCAGCGUAGUAGCCGUGGUUCAGUCCACGACCAUCGGUUGCAGCACCUACACGCUGGCUGCCAUCGGUUUGCAGCGUCUGCUGCUGAUAACUCGUCCACCAACCUACCACGCUAUCUACACUCGGAAGAAGAUGGCUGCCUGGCUGGUGGUCACUUGGCUCGUUCCAUUCCUGUUCACCCUUGUGCCUCCACUCCUUGACGUCGGCGAGGUGGGAUACAACAGAAAGUACCACCAUUGCGGAUUCACCUCCUCGCAUGAGCGCUCCAACGACUACGAUCUCAUCAUCGCCGGCGGACUUUACCCACUACCGCUCGUCACAAUCCUCGUCUGUUACGUGUUGAUCUGGAGACAUCUACGCCGCCACGCCAGGAAUGUGACCACCUCAUCAGAGGAGACGACCGAGUCCGCGUCCAUGAACCUUUCCACUGUGUGUGAUUCUGUGGGCGCCACGAAGGGACGCUCUCUGCGCCGGUCGCCAACCCCGCACGGAACUUUGAAUGCAGCCAAAGUCAACCGAAGCCAGAACGAGAUCACCAAGAACAUGUUCUACAUCGUCUGUGCCUUCAUGGUCUGCCUGACGCCUUUUGCCAUCUGCCUCUUCUACGACGACAGCGACCCGUUCCUUCCCUACGCCUCGGCGAUCCUGGUCUUCAACAGUUGCAUCAACCCGCUGAUCUACGCCACCAAGCAUCGUGUCUUCCAUGUUGUCUUCGGUUGCAUCAUACGGCGGAAGUGGGACAGCAUCCCAGAACCCUCAGAGUUUCUCAAGGCAAUGAGACGAAGACAAUUUUGCAGCAGAAGCGGCUUCUACGUUUAACUUCAACCAUACUUCAACGAAUUACUUCCACCAAAGAUGCAGGACGAUACUCCCAGUACUGUGUUUUGACUGUGGAUAGAGUUCUAUUUCUAUAACGUGUGCUAUUGCCUUUUGCAAAUACACUGUACAGCACAUAACGAUGUAAUUGACCAACUCCGUUCAAAUUUGGGAAAGGAUCCUUUCCAGAGUCUUUAGAAAAAGGGACGGGCCUCGGAAAUUCCCCGCGGGGAAACUGCUCUAUUUUUUCGAAGUAUGUGAAACAGAACGAAUGUAUUGGCCAUCGGGCUUCAUACAUCCUUUGAGCGAGGGGCAUCUUCAACAAAAAUCACAUGCGGCUGAUGCUGAAGUCUUAUUAGAGAUUUUGAAAGUUGGUAAAAUCCAUGUAGGCCCCAUUAGCCACCGAUCCGGCCCACAAAGUUUUCACCACUACUCUACCCUUGAGCGUAAAUUGGGGGAGGGUAGGGUGUUAUAUAUCCCCCAAUUUCUGGCACAACUUCACGCUACUGACUCUACUGCUUUAAUCUGAAGGGGGGAAAGGGAUUUAGGAAACUGUGCAGACGCGCACGUCACUGCUUAACCCAGUGCCUGUUUGUUAAAGAGCUCAGCCUUUAAGGGCUUUUAGAGUGACUUUGCGCAGUCAUUCUGAGACCAGUUUUGUGAAAAGUGAACAAACCAUGUGGCGCAGCGCCCAUUUUUCCGAGACAGGUCAGCCAAGUGUAUAUAUUUUUUCGCUGUGGUGCUCAAUGCACGCGCACUGGCACAAGCGUAGCCUUGAACUUCAAGUGAUCAUAAAAAAACCAUAUAGCCCACAAGUUCAAACUCCACAUGUAUACUGAUAAGGAGUGUCUUUACAUGUUUGAUCAGUUUUAACAAUCCAGCAUGGCACAGCCGAGUUCUGGGGGGGGGGGCUGAAUCCGCCCCCAACUGGCUGUGACAGGGGCCAAAAUAACUUGGCUCUUUUCGGGUGAAAUCUGAGUUGUCACUUUCCAUUUAAAUUUCUGACUACUACUCUGAGUUUGGGCAGGUUUCAAGAAAUAAACACAGCGGCAUUCCGAAAACGUCAGAUCACUUCCAGUACCUGUCCCGACUAUCAAAUCGCUAGGCACGUAGCCAUCCAUGUCUGGUCUUGCACGCGAACUGACUUUCACACCAGUCUCACAACCACACGCAGUGGGGGUUUCGUUUGAGACGUCUACUCUCCAAAUUUGGACUGUCUUUUCUGAUUUUCAAUAUAAAAACUGAUGACUAUAAGCAAAUGUCUUCACCUUGCAAUUACAGGGGACAUGGGAAAGGAGUUAACGAGUGUGAAAUAUAACAAAGUACUCUAAGUUUAUUAAUCAAUCUUCAUUAUGGUCGAGUUUAAAGUAAUAUACCAGGCAAGAUAUGGGACGGAGGGGUACCCCCCUUACCUGUCCAAUCCUUAUACACACUGUAGACUAUUG